AGAUUUGCAACGUUUAAAAUGAGAGAAGGUGAUAAAAAGUGGCGUGUACAAGUAGAAGCUGAGUCGAUGGAAUACGAUCAUAUAGUUGGUAAAUUAAUACAAUGUACUGAAGAAUGGACAAAACCUGACCCGAAAAAUCAUGACGUCAAAUUGGAAUUCGUAAACGAUUUACCUAUAAAUUCAGACCAACCAACAAUACUUGAUUCAGAAACAAAUCAAUAUGUAAUACCAAGUAUGAGUGAUGAUUGGAAAGAUGCUGGACAAUCGGUACUUCCAUUUAUGGAUGCACAAACUAUAGGUUGUUCACCAGAAGCACCACUUGGUGGUAUUGGUCUUCAUCAUCGUGGUGUAGCUAAGGAUUCUGAGGAUUCUGGAUUUUUGGGACUGACUGCUCAUACAGUUAAUUAUGCUAGUUAUUUGAAACAAAGUGCGGAAAAAUAUGCUGAAGCACGAAAACGGCAAAAGGAAGAAGAAGAUGAUGAAGAUGAUGAUGAUGAUGAUGACGAUGGUGAUGGUGAUGAUGAUGACGACGAUGAUGAUGAAGAUGAAGAUGAUGAUGAUGAUGAUGAAGAUGAUGAUGAUGAUGAUUGAGUUGGUAUAUAAACUUUUAAUAAUUCUAUUUAAUUAAAAAAAAAAAACUUUGUUAAUGUAAUGAUUAAAACAAAGUAAAAAACCUAUAUUUCCAUCUACUUCUAUAAUUGCAUUAAAUCACUAUAUAACAAUAUAGAAGAGACGUAAGAAAAAUAUAAAAAAAAUAAAUCUGUUAUUUAUAAGAAACAAAACUGUUAAAUCUUUUUUUUUUUUUUUGUUCUUAUUUCUUGUUUUGAAUAUAUAUAAAAAUGUAUUAAAUAUUUUCAACCCAAAUUUAAUAAAUAAAAAAUGAAAAAGGUGUCAAAUUUUAAA